AUGGGUGCGCAAGUAGAUCAAAGUGCAAUAGUGGAGGACAAUUCUUCACAACUCUCAACUAUAAUUAACUUAAAAGAAAACAAAAAGCAAUGUUUUAAAUGGCCACUACCUUGGUAUUACACGCCCACCUUUUUCGCAUUCUGGUUGGCACUUUUCUUUGCCUUAGUUUUUCCACUCUUCAAUAAUUUGCCCUCUGCAGUAAAGAUUUAUGAGGAAUCCGAGAAACCCGGACAAUUUGUAGCAGAGAGAGCUGAAAGUAAUUUGCUUCAGUUGGACCUAAUGGGUCCUAAAUUAGCUGGAUAUGAAACGAAUGAAGUGGUUGUGGUGCAAUUUCUAAUCAAUGAGAUUGAAAAAAUUCGUCUAGAUAUGCGCAGUGAUAUCUAUGAAAUGGAAUUAGAUGUCCAACAGGCGUAUGGAUCAUAUUUACACUGGCAAAUGGUGAAUAUGUAUCAGGGUGUCCAGAAUGUUAUAGUCAAAUUGAGUUCCAGACAUUCAAACAGUUCGAAUUACCUGCUCAUAAACAGCCACUAUGAUUCAAAGCCUAGUAGUGUCGGUUCUGGAGAUGCUGAGUUCAUGAUUACCACAAUGCUAGAGGUAUUGCGUCAGAUGAGCAUAUCCGAGGAGACUUUUGUCCAUCCCAUUGUAUUCCUCUUCAAUGGAGCUGAGGAACAACCAUUGCAAGGAUCGCAUGGAUUUAUUUCCAGUCACAAAUGGUCAGCUAACUGCAAAGCUGUACUCAAUCUCGACUCUUGCGGCGCUGGAGGACGGGAGUUACUCUUUCAAAGCGGACCCAAUCAUCCCUGGUUGAUGCGGCAUUACAAAAAGAGUGUCAAACAUCCAUUCGCGACAACAUUGGCUGAGGAAAUAUUUCAGGCCGACCUUAUUCCAUCCGAUACUGAUUUUAGAAUUUUCCGGGACUUUGGACCCGUGCCCGGUCUGGACAUGGCUGGUGUCAGCAAUGGCUUUGUCUAUCAUACCAAAUAUGAUAGAUUCACUGCAAUAUCCAACAGAGCCCUGCAAAAUACAGGGGAUAAUUUGCUUGCUUUAGUGCGUAGUAUUUCUAACGCAGAAGAAAUGUAUGACACAGAGGCAUAUUCCGAAGGCCAUUCCGUGUUCUUUGAUUUUCUGGGUCUUUUCUUUAUCUACUAUUACGAGUCUACUGGUGUAGCUUUGAAUAUGUCGUUUUCUCUCGGCGGAAUACUUGUCGUGUGUGUCUCAUUAUGGCGCAUGUCGAGAGUAUCGUGUGAGAAUGUUAGCACAUUGGCAUGCGAAUUCGGCAUAUUUCUUCUAUUGGCCGUUUUUGGAUUUCUGUUGGCUUUCGGGUUUCCCUUGUUAAUCUCUGUUCUCUACGAUGCUGGCGACCGCACAAUGACCUAUUUCAGCAACAGCUGGCUGCUCAUUGGCAUCUUCAUUUGUCCCUCAUUAAUUGGCUUGGUAUUGCCAACGACGCUAUAUUUGACUCUAAGAACAAAGGAGAAGAUCUGCCAUGCAUAUCGUUUACAAAUAGCUCAACACGCCCACUGUGUAUUUCUAUCUGCUCUUUGCAUUAUUCUAACAGCUGCAAGUUUUCGCAGUGCUUAUCUGUGUAUGAUUUCUCUUUUUUUUUAUUUUGGCUCUCAAGUCAUAAAUCUGCUAAGCUCACUCCACGAUCGAGGCUACUUUUGGGCCCUAAUUGUUGGUGCUUGUCAAAUAAUACCCUUUUUAUAUUUCGCUUAUCUGUUUCAUGCUUUACUUAUUAUUAUCAUUCCCAUGACAAGUCGCAAUGGCAUGAGCAUUAAUCCCGACCUAUUAGUAUCUUUGGUUUGUGCCUUGGGGACUGUAUUUGCCAUGGGCUUUUUAGCACAGCUGGUAAACAUAUUUAGGCGUCCCAAAUGCUCGAUAGGUUUUUUGUCUCUUAUUAUGUUUAUAUUUUGUAUGAUUACUGUUUCCGAUGUUGGUUUUCCGUAUAGGCCCAAAACGAACGUGAUGCGUCUUCACUUUUUGGAAGUGCACAGGUGGUUUUACGAAUAUGACGGCUCACUCAGCUUAGAAGACAGCGGCUAUUACUUUGAUUUGCAAGACAGGCGCCUGGAAUCACCAUUACGGGAUAGCAUGGAUCUAACAGGGUUUACUCGUCUUGACCAAGAUGACUGCAAGACCAAAAUGAAGUGUGGAAUGCCUUGUUUCAAUCAUCGCUGGUGUGCCACUGUUGAGAAUGCUCGUUGGUUGCCCCGAAUAGAGCCUGUUCAGCUUCCUGGGUUGCCAACGCUGGAGUUGUUAAACAAAACUGUCCUUGCUAACGGUUUUGAAGUGCGUUAUGAGUUUCGAUUACAAGGUCCGCCACGAAUGAGUCUAUUUGUAGGACCUUUAGCUGGCGUGAAAAUGUUAAAUUGGUCUUUCUUAAAAGGAAUGUUGGAUAAUCCAGCAAUGUACAAACCGCCAUAUCACGUAUUUAUAGCAUUUGGAAUUGAUCAUUCGCCUGUCAAUUUCUUCUUUCAAUUAAAUAAGGAAAAUGGCAAUUUCGCUGAACCUGUUUUUGAAUUGGGAGUCUCUGCCCACUAUAUGGAUGAUAGUCAUAAAAGAGAUGACGUGACUAAAGCGUUUUUAGGCAGUUUACCAGAGUUUGCCCAUCCAAUGGAAUGGCCAACGUCGUAUGAACGAUAUAUAUUUUAGUACCUUUUUAAACCAAUUUUUAUGACUAUAUUUGUUGAGUCUUAUCAAAAAAUCUAUCUAUAUUUGUGUCUAUAAAUCGAUAUUUUUCGAUAACGUAGUUGUUCGUCAUGAUUUUGGCUGUGUACAAUACUAAUAAAAUUCAAGGACUGUCAUAA